AGGGGCUCCGACUUCAUGCCUGUGCCGCUUUGCUGCCGUGCGCGCUUGGCUGUUUCCUCUGACGGACCUGCGGGGAAACGAAGAGACCCAGGGAGAGGGCAGGAGACAAACCGGAGACGGACCUGGGCCACGGAAGAGGCCGAGGCUGCGGCCUGCCUCCCUCUCUUUCCCUCGCCUGCCUGGACCACCCUCCUUGGCCACAGCCCCCUCAGGUUCCCCCGGGGCCCAGCCCCUCCCCGUCUCUGGGGCCCCGGGCUCCCCUCGGGGCCUGUGUCCCACCAUGCCCGUGGCUGUGGAGAUCUUCGGCUUCUUCCUCACAGCCGUGGGGCUGCUGAUGCUGGGGGUGACCCUGGCGCACAGCAGCUGGCGAGUGUCCACCGUGCACGGGAACGUCAUCACCGCCAACACCAUCUUCGAGAACCUCUGGUACAGCUGUGCCACCGACUCCAUGGGAGUCCACAACUGCUGGGAGUUCCCAUCCAUGCUGGCCCUCUCCGGCUGGAGAGCAGACGGAGGGGAAAGGGCCGGCUCUGGGACCCAUGGCUGCGCCCCGCCUCCCCAGGGUACAUCCAGGCCUGCCGGGCGCUCAUGAUCACCGCCAUCCUCCUGGGCUUCCUGGGCCUCCUCCUAGGCAUGGUGGGGCUGCGCUGCACGAACAUUGGGGGCCUGGAGCUCUCCAGGAAAACCAAGCUGGCAGCCGCCGCAGGAGCCCUACACAUCCUGGCUGGCCUAGCUGGGUUCUCCGGUUCCUCCCCCAGGUAUCUGCGGGAUGGUGGCCGUCUCCUGGUACGCCUUCAACAUCACCAGGGACUUCUUCGACCCCUUGUACGCUGGAACCAAGUACGAGCUGGGCCCUGCCCUCUACCUGGGCUGGAGCGCCUGCCUGCUUGCCAUCCUGGGCGGCAUCUGCCUCUUCUCCAACUGCUGCUGCUCUCGGGACUGGGACCCCGCCGCCGGCGCCCAGCUUCCCUACAAGGCCCCCGUGAUACCGGCCGCCAGCCUCGCUGCCCGUCUGCCCGCUGCAGCCUCGGAUGAAGAGGGCGACAGCAGCUUUGGCAAGUACGGGAAGAACGCUUAUGUGUAGACGGCCGGGCCUGUGGACCCAUUCCCUUCCCACUGCCCCCAGUGGAGAGGGGUCCCCGGAAUACCGGGACUGCGGGCGCGGGCCCCUGCUCCAGGUUAUCAACUUCUGGGCCAAGCCACGCUUCAGGCUCCGCCCCCUGCCCGGAAGCCACACCCCGCUCUGGCCUCAGGCCCCGCCUUCCCACCGGAGCUCCGCCCUGGCCACGCCUCUUUCCUCUGGUUCUCUGGAUCCUCCGCAGCCAAGAACUGGCUGCCUGAGAACUCAUCUCUGGCCUCUGAGGCUGGACCCCUCUUAACCUUCUGAGUCUAGGUUCCGGGCCGUUAAGCAGGGGGAGGCGUCCCCGAGUGUUUUCAGUCUGUAUAAAUUCAUGCAUAAAUAAACUUGUGAACUGUU